AUGGCAGGAGCCUCAGUGAAGGUGGCAGUACGCGUGCGACCUUCAACUCCCGAGACCAGCCGAGAUGCCAAGUGUGUUAUACAGAUGCAGGGCAACUCCACCUGCAUCUCCAACCCCAAACAGCCCAAGAAUGAAGGCAAGAGUUUCACCUUCGACUACUCUUACUGGUCACACACUACGGCGGAGGAUGAGAGAUUUGCCUCCCAGAGACAAGUCUAUAAGGACAUCGGAGAGGAAAUGCUGCUUCAUGCUUUUGAAGGAUACAAUGUCUGUAUCUUCGCCUACGGACAGACCGGAGCAGGGAAGAGUUACACCAUGAUGGGAAGACAGGAAGAGGGACAGGAGGGGAUCAUUCCCCAGCUGUGUGAGGAUUUGUUUAAGAGGACAGUUGGAAACACAGAUCCUGAUCUCUCCUUCUCAGUGGAGG